GUCAUGUAUGGAACACUAGUUUCCAUUAUAGUUCUACGAUCUGUUUAUAUAGUAUUAUGGGUAUACCCAUGGCUUAGAGGUCUAGGCUAUACAUCUUUAACUGUAUUUUUAAUGGGAUUUUUUCUCUGGAAUGUGGACAACAUUUUCUGUGAUAAAUUGAGAGCACUACGAGAGAAGAUGCCUCCUGGGGUGGGAGCUGUGACACAGUUUCAUGCAUGGUGGCAUAUUCUCACAGGCCUGGGUUCUUACCUUCACAUCCUGCUAAGUUUAUACACAAGGACACUUUUCCUGAAACAUAGGCCAAAGGUGAAGUUUGUUUUUGGAAUAUGGCCUGUUCUUCUUGUGGAGCCACCCAAGAAGCUUUGACUGAGCACUGGGCAGUCGCAUGUGAUCACCUAGCCUGGCUGAAUAAAGCAUUUCAACAGUUACUGUGGCUGAAGUGUCAAAAUUAUGGAUCACUCCAAGCACCAUUGCUAUAAAAGGACUUCUCGGUGUUACUAGGCCCAUCAGCCGGAACAGAGCAAAGAGUUGGCACACUAGGGGAAUAGUGUUUAGUACAGCUUUAUUCUAAGUUGUUGAAACAAAGAUUGACUCAAUAUUUUUAUGUAUAUACUGUAUAGCUGAUGAUACCGAGAUAAUAUUUCGUGCUGGUCACAGAAAGCUAACCAUUUUGAAGUGAAUUGCAUAUGUUUUUUCAUUCAGUUUUUGUUCUUUCUGUGGUGUAAACUAAUAUUAGUAACUGAAUGACAAAACUGGGCCAUUGAUGGCCAAGCUAAGCAUUUGUGUGGCCUACAGUGAACUGAAUGCUUAACCCAAACUAUUUUAAUCUUGCACUUUUAUACAAUUAAUGAAGUAUGUAAUGGUUGAUUUAGGACUUCCUUCUAUCUUGCUUUUCCAUAGCCUCCUUUGCAAUUUAUAUUUUAAGAAAAAUGGUUGGGAUCCCUAUCUCAUUUAGUUCAUUUUGUACCAAGCUUC